GAGGAGAAAAACAAGAAAAAAAAUAUUCUGAACCAAUGGACCGCAGACACAGUACAGGAGAUGACCAGAGACUGCGGACAUAGUACAGGGGAUGACCAGAGACUGUGGACACAGUACAGGGGAUGACCAGAGACUGCGGACACAGUACAGGGGAUGAUCAGAGACUGCGGACACAGUACAGGAGAUGACCAGAGAGUGCGGACAUAGUACAGGGGAUGACCAGAGAUUGCGGACACAGUACAGGAGAUGACCAGAGACUUCGGACAGGGGAUGACCAGAGACUGCGGACACAGUACAGG